AUGCUCGAGCGAACAGCUGCCACUUUGGAGUCGCGCAGUCUCCAGCGUGUCAUUCACAAGACUUCGAUUCGAUCUCGACGAUUACAUACAGGCUUCUGGCAACAUGGAGCCUCCGCUAUCGACCUUUCCAGUUCCUUGCCUGGCUCGAUGAGAACUGCUAAGGUUGCCACCUCCGAACCGGAAACAAAGCAACUACAGCCAAAUCUACUUGCAUCAGUCUUGGUCCUCGACUUCCUUUACCCAAAAUCGACUAUUCCUCUGUUAUGCCGCCUCUACCCUGAACUACCCAACUCUCAGCAUGCGCAGAGAACUGCAAUCGUUCCGACAAGACGACCAUACUCAUCGAUAAUACCUCCGAAUACGACCGAAACAAAUGAAGCAAAUGAAAAGACUGAAACGACCGAAACGACGACUCCUGAUCAGCCCGACCCAUCGACUGAGAAGUCACGUCCUUAUGAGAUAGCCGACAUAGCGGAGGACCCAAGUUUAUUUCCUGAUGGAAAACCAACGGUUCACACCAAAGCCGAGCCAGAACUGCAGCAAGUACGGGAACUUCGACAGCUAUUGGAUAGAAAAGGUCGUCAGUUUCAGGAAGUUUGGGACCAGUUCUCUGUGCUAGACAACGACCAAAGAAGUUUCAUACGUGGCCGGGUAGUACAGUAUCUGUCUCGCUCCCACAGCAUUGUUGAAACAGGAAGAGCCCUCUCAGUAUUCCGCCAAAUCUCACCAAGUUCAUGGGAUAAUGACACCUUAACUGCAGGAAUUAUCCUGCUUCUACGGUCCGGGGAUCUUCCUUCGGCUGUGGAGUGCUUCAAAACUGGAUUGGAAAUGAGAGGGUUGAAUCAUGGUCUGGAGUACUUAAUGGCGGAUGCAAUAAACUCGAAGAAAUGGUCGGCAGCUUUGGAAGUAUGGAUUUCAUUCUACAAGGACCGCGUCAAGAGAAAACCCGAAGCGUUGGCCCCGGAUUUAGAACGGCUUCAGCAGCUUGGGUCUCUUCCUUCACAGGGAGAUCACUACUUCGCCUUCCGAGCCUACUUGGUUGGCGAAGGCGCAGAGCAGCAUAAGAAAAUCAAGGAAGACCCGGUUGCCGCCCUAGCCUUGUCCUCCUUCCGGAAGUUCUUUGCCAACAUGGCGCUACGAGAACCGUGCCGUCCCAAGCAAGCGAUGAUCAUUCUUGAGACUCUGCAAGAUCGGAAUGCAUACAACACAUACCUGAACACCAUGUUCGACCGCUGGAUGGUAAAGCAGGAAAGUCGAUCCACUAUGGAGCAACUCAUUCCUAUUUACCAGAAAUUUCGGGAACUGCCAGAUGCACAGCCUGCGAUGACUGUCUACCGUGGCAUGUUCAAAGUCUGCUUUCCAAAGAGGUCGGCCAGACUGGAAGAGAUUAAAGAGGACUGGAUUCGGUUCAAGGGCGGGCUCAACCAAUGGGGCUAUGAAAAGUAUCUCAAGUAUUACGCAGCAAGGGGCGAUGUGCGAGCAGUCACAGAUUUAUGGUCUCAGUACGUGGAAGAUUUCCCUGAAGUGGUUCGGUCCCCCCGUGGAUUUAGAAGCACAAUAAACGUGUAUGCUCAAGUUGGAGACGUUGAGAAUGCAAAAAAAGAGAUCGACAAGAUGGUCAAUGAAUACCAGGUUGAGCCGGACCUCGACUGCUGGAACACAUAUCUCAAGGCUUACAUGAGGACCAAUGACUAUGAUGCCGUCAUGAAACUGUUUGAGGAUAUCGCAGAAAAACACGAGCCGGAUGCCUACACCUAUGCACACGCCAUGGCCAUGACUGCUAAAAGGGGUGAUUUGGAGACUACUCUGGAAAUCUUCACCAAAUCACAGGAAGCUGAGGUACCUAUCACCAAAGAAAUAGGUCUGGCUCUGGUGGUAGCAUACUGUCAGAAUGGCCUCCUUUCCGAGGCGGAGAACCUUUGCAUUGAGCUGACCCAUCGUAAGCUCAUAUCUGGAGCUAUAUGGAAUCAGCUUAUCAACUUCAACGGCGUCGAGGGAAAGCUCAGCAAGGUUUAUGAACUACUCAAGCGCAUGAGAGAAUUUGGCGUGGAAUGGGAUGAUGAGACAUAUACCUUUCUUCUCCAGGCGCUUAUCCGAGUCAACCAAAUCCAUCCCGCUUAUAAUUUACUGAAGCGCGGUGUCCAGGAAAGGUUGUUCCUUGUCACCGCGGCGCAUUUUGCUAUCGUUAUGGCUGGAGCUGCUCGUGUUGGAGAGUACGAGCUUGUUGAAAGUCUUUUCCGUCGACUGCAAGAGUCAGAUUUGCCUGUCACCUUCAGUGCUUGGGUUGCUCUGGUCGGCGCUGCCGUUAAGAGAAAGCCAGGUGUUGAACGAACCCACGAUCUGGCCAAAGAAUUUGUCGCAUAUUUCCAAAAGGCUUCUGAGGCAGCUAAAACGACGGGGGAGUCCGUGCCGGACGAGGAGACUGAUCCAACUGAUUCUAGCAAUCUCGCAAGACUCAGGGGAGAAACUAAACUGGUCGGUCGAGCGAUCACUCUACUUACCGAGCUUCGAGACUUUGCCUCCGUUGAAGAGCUGAUGAGUUUAUUCGUCGAAGUCUUCCCUGAGUUCAAGACCGAGCAGUUUCCUCCUGAUAUUAUGUCUGCUUUGAUACGCGCACAUCACGCAGAUCAGAACUACGACAAGGCCGUUGAGCUGUGGGAGAAGACGUGGCAAAGUGUCCAUGCAUCUAGCCGGAAACGCUCAGGUGAUGGUAUAAUGCCUGGUACCGAGUACUCCCUGUCUCGUGCUUUAGACGCAGUGGCAAUGACAUAUAAGGAGAUAAACGAUCCAGAAAGUCUUAGCAAGACCGUCGACAAGGUUACGGAGGCUGGUUUCAAGCUGACCCGACAAAACUGGGUACGCAUUGUCCGUGAUCUUUCUGAUAUGGGCAGAUUUGAGCGUGCACUGUACUGGUGCGAGAAGAUGCUCAUGCCAGGGUGGCAAGGCUGGGCACCCCCUCGACCCAUACCGCGUUUGAUGCGAAAUACCCGUACCCUGAAGCCUCCCAACAGCCUUCUCUUCCGUCUGCAGCAUAAGUGGAUAGAGAUGCGUAAGAUGGCAGCCUGGUCUGGAGAUGUCUCUCGUGUGCUAUCCACUGUCGAGGAGAAGUACCCUCGUCUACACCAUGCUUUUACCACAUCGGAGAUUCAGUCGAUGCCUACGGCAUAUGUAGUGAAUGGUAAAGAAGUUUCGCCUGGAGAACUUGACAAAGUAUUUCAGAGUCUGUCUUACCAUGCUCUACUGAAAGUCAAGGAGACUCUGCUCCGAGAGUUGCAGAAAGAGAGGAAGCGUGAGUCGAAUCUUGGAGUUGCAUCUGAGCCCCUGGAAGUAAUCGACCGCAAGACAUGGAAGGAGAUGUUGCACAACAGAGUUCGACGAUAUGCUGCUAUGUGGCAUUCUCAACGAAAUGCGAACUUUGAGCUGAACCAAGCGCUCAAAAUUGCUGAUACACCAGGCGACGUCACAAUCGAAGCAAAGGCCAUGGGAUCUGAGAAACCAGACGAUCAGGUCGCCCGCCAUCGCUUCAGCUACUGGAAUGCAUUCUGGGAUCGUUAUGACCAGAGGCAACACGGUGAGGAGCGGCCGAAAAAGCCAUACUCGAAAGAGAAUCAUCAUGGAGACAAGACUUGGGCCCAUAAAGCAGAACGACGCCACAAAAGAGUGAAGCAGCAAGUAGAGAAGCUGAGGAGACAGAUGUUUGAUGAUUGA